GGAAAAAUUCAGUCAGUGACGAGCUUUCAGGAAGGAACGACACGGCGCGGGCUCAUGAUUCCGUUAGAUCGAACGUGGGUUGGAAGGGAAGUUGUGAGGAUUUGUCUGUAAUUAUCCGGUUCGGGCAGCUAUUUCCGACUUGUUUCCAGUGAGAUUUGCUCGCUUUGAUUGAGGAAAAUCUGGCGUUUUCCGAAUUCCGGGAAAUCAUUGAAAAGUUUUCUCAAAAAAAGGUGUGAAAAAUUAAAGUGGAAACCAACACACGAAAUUGCUUUUGGCUUGUGAAAGAAUUGUGAAAGAGCUCUAAACCCUUAGCAAGGACGAAGUGUGUGUGCCGAAAGGAAAGAUGAAGCGUAUGUUUUCGUCGCAAAGUUAGAGGGUUGUGAAGUGCGGGGGCGUAAGGGCUGAAAAGUUCUAGUAGUAGUGUGGCGGUGGGUGGUGCUGAGUGGUGAGAACUUUCGUGACGAAAGCUCACCGGAACGGGUUGUUGACCCUGCAACAACGGCGACGUGCUGAUUGCAUUUCUCCCCUCAGUUAGGGUUGUUCAUCGGAAGCCCUUGCAUGCAGCUGUAAAUCACUUCUUGCGGAUGUGAUGCCUGCAUGGCUUCCAUUUAAUUCACAACAAAGGAAUCCAAGAACCAGAAUUGGAGGCAAACAGAAUUAAGCUGAUAUAAUCACCGAGAUCAUGUUCCUACCAGUCAAAUCCAAUUCGUCGUCAGAAAAUAACGGCAGCAAUGGUGCGGUUGUGGCUGCUUCCGAGGACGUGGCAACAACAACAAGCAAUUCGACACAGACACCGAGCGAUUUGAGUCCUCCCGGGCCCCAUGAGGAGGUGCUACCGCAAGCCCAUCAUCAAAAUCCUGGACACUGUAUCGCCUCGUUUGCAGCUAUUAAUCGGAUGAGGAGUAAUUCGCAGUUAUGUGAUGUCUGUCUGGAAGUCGGUGGAGAAACCAUUCACGCCCAUAAAGUCGUCCUGGCAUCAGUUAGUCCGUACUUUUAUGCUAUGUUUAAUGACGACAUGCGGGAGCGAACACAGGAAAAUGUAACGCUACACGAUGUCGAUGCAACCGCACUACGCCAACUAAUUGAUUACACCUACACGGGGGAGAUAACAAUUACAGAAGAUAAUGUCCAAGUUCUGCUGCCAGCCUCGAGCCUCCUUCAAAUCCAAUCAGUACGGGAAGCAUGCUGUAAAUUUCUCCUGCGACAGCUCCACCCUUCCAAUUGCCUUGGGAUCCGGAGUUUUGCGGAUGCUCACUCAUGCAAGGAGCUCCACACCCGGUCCCACAAAUAUGCGCUGCAGAACUUUCAACAGGUUGUCGGAACCGAGGAAUUCCUACUGCUUCCAUUUGACGAGGUUCGUGACCUAAUAUCAAACAACCAGCUAAACAUUUGCUCCGAAGAAAAAGUGUUCUUAGCCGUCUUGAAUUGGGUCAAACAUGACCUCGCCGAACGCCAACAAUAUGUCUCUGAGUUGAUGACUCAUGUUAGAUUGCCACUAGUAAGUCGUGACUUUCUAAUGACGUGUGUGGAGUCGGAAGCUCUAAUCAGAGAUGAUCCACAAUGCAAAGAGCUCCUGCUGGAAGCCAUGAAGUAUCACUUGCUCCCGGAACAAAGAAGCCUAAUGAACAGCCUGCGAACAAACGAGCGACGUCCCGACGGCAUGAAACCGUACAUUUUCGCCGUGGGUGGAGGAAGCUUGUUCGCCAUCCAUAGCGAAUGUGAAUGCUAUAAUCCUAGGACAAAUACUUGGAUGCCCAUCACUCCCAUGUUGUGGCGACGUUCCCGUUCAGGAGUGACAUCGUUACAGAAAUUGCUUUACGUUGUAGGCGGAUAUGAUGGCGUCACGGAUUUGAGCACGGCCGAAUUCUACAACCCUUUGAACAAUAAAUGGACGGAAAUCACUCCGAUGGGAACAAAACGGUCCUGUUUGGGAAUCUGUGCAUUCGAUGGAUUGUUGUAUGUUUGCGGCGGAUAUGAUGGAGCGUCGUGUUUGAGCAGUAUGGAGCGAUAUGAUCCGUUGACGGGAGUUUGGAGCUCAUGCCCAGCUAUGAGUACACGAAGGAGGUAUUGCAGAUUGGCGGUGCUUGAUAAUUGUAUCUACUCCCUUGGGGGGUUCGAUUCUACCAAUUACCAGUCAUCGGUGGAACGUUUUGAUCCUCGAGUAGGAAGAUGGACACCAGUGCCUAAUAUGACUUCCCGACGAAGUAGCUGUGGUGUUGCAGCCCUCGAUGGUCACCUCUAUUGUAUAGGAGGAAAUGACGGAACGAUGUGUAUGUCUAGUGGAGAGCGAUUAAAUUUAAGACGCAACGCAUGGGAACCUAUUACAGCAAUGCAUUCAAGGAGGUCAACUCACGAAGUAGUCGAAGUGGAUGGUUGCCUUUAUGCGCUUGGUGGAAAUGAUGGCUCAUCGUCACUGAACUCAGUCGAACGCUACGACCCGAAAACUAAUAAAUGGACAAUAGUUAAUUCCAUGGUAACCCGUCGUAGUUCAGUCGGUGCUGCUGUUUUGGAAUGCUUCAAUCUGGAACGAGGAUUGGUUCAGACAACAAAUUUAUGACCCUUGUCGAGCGUUUCCGAAGCAGGAGCGAGCGGUAACAGUAGUAGCAAUGGUAGUGGUCAUAGUUCACAUCGAGAAUCAUUACCAUCUUCGUUUACCAGCAAAACCUCUUAACGAUUUACCGAAAUACUUUUCAGUAGCCUAGAGGUACUAGUCAAGGAAAAUUUUUAAAUUAUUCUGGAAGAUGCAUUGUUCCUAAUUGAAGUAUAGUACACCGCGUUAGUGUGGAUACAUUUGAAUAAAUGUAAACUGGUUAAAGCUAGGAGGGCAUAGAAAGAAUUGAAGGGCAUUGUCAGGAAUAGUUGUGCAUCACCUGGGUAUAAGCCCCUCACUGCAAACAAAGUACCAAUGAAUGUGCCGAUAAAUCAAUUAGGAACAUCUGUAUCUAAAAUAUCCACAGAAAUAUAAACAUAACAAAAUGCAACAACGACUAAAAACGAACGGUUAUCAACGCGUGAAUCUAAAGCAGUUUUUAAUGCAUCUUUUAACAUUCCCCUUCCAAUCACCACCAGCAGCUUUAAAAUCAAAAAUCUUCAAAAAUUAUUCUAAACUCAAACAGAAAUCAUUUCUACGGAUAUAAUUGCAAUGUCUGGAUUUUGGAAUAUGUAUAUGCGUGAAAAGUUUAUCCUGUGAUACAAACAAACAAGAAUUUCAUCAGAAACACUAUAUUUAUAUGCUUGAAGCGAUAUUUUGAAGCAAUUCCCAAUAUUCCAAUGAUUACAAAUAUGAUUUUAUUUUAAUACUUCUUAUACUGCCUAUCGUCAGAAGAUUUAUGCAUUAAAAGUAAGAAAUAUCUAAUAAUAUAAUAUAAAUGUGCGCAUUGCUUGCAAAUUACUUAUAAAGACUCGGGAUUGUCUAAGCUUACAGUUAUGGUUUUAUUUUUACCUUUCAAAUUGAGGACGUGCCGUAUGAAAUGCUUACCUAGAGGGAACCCUAACAUGGAUUCUGUUCCAACAUUCCAUCAAUUGAAAUUAGAAGCAGAAUCUUCCGAAACAUUUAUAAGAUUUAUUAUUAAUCUAAACAAUCCUUUGACGUUACUGCCAUUUCGUUCGUUCAGAUGAAAAAUAUAAACCUUCCUUUGGAACUUUCAUUCGGCAUGCCAAUUUUAGAUUAACUUUUUUUUUAAAUAUUCGUGGUCCAACUUAUUUUUACGAGAAUUUUGUAAGGACAGCAUAAUAUAAUUAAAAUAAAAUCGUUUAUAUAAAUAUAUGUAAAAUUAAAUUCGCAAAAAAAAAUCUAAACAACUGAAAUGCAAAUUAUAUAUUAGAAACUCUACCGAUAUGAAAUCUACAUCUUAUAAGCUACGUACAAAACUUAUUUAUAAAAUAAAACAAAAAAAAAGAAUAAUUUAUUGGAUAUGAUGCGAUACAGUGUUUUUAUAUAUACAGUAGAUAUAUUUAACGAAAUUUUUUAUACAGCCCUUAAUAACAUUAAGAUUCCAACACAUCGGAUGGAAGAACAAACGAAAUAUUUCAAAUGUGUUGAAAAUCAAAAUUUUGAACGAACAUAAGACUUUAUAAAAGACUAUUUGGGCUAGAAAUUCGCUAUAUAUAAAGAUAAAUCUAAAAAUAUCGUGUAACAUUGUGAGGAAGGAACAAAAUGAUAGGAUUAUAUAAUAGAUCAAGGAAUUAGAUUGUCUUUAUAAGAUUAUUGUUCAAAUUUAUGGAUUUUAAAAAUUGCCAUAAAGCAAAAAUGGCAAUAAUAAAAUUAGAGAUCAAAAUUUAAAAUAUCAAAAUUAAAUUUUACAAUAAAUAAUCAGUAAAAAUUUGUCAGAACCCACUGCCGAUGAUCAUUUUUAUGGAAAGGAUCUAAUAUUUCUACAUUUUCAGGUUAUUUAUAAACAUUCAUUUUUCAGUCAGUUCAAGCAAAAGUUUUAAAUCUCAAAACAUUUAUAUAUUUUCAAAAUUAAUACUAACUUUUGUUAUUGUCUUAGAAAUAUUUCCAUGGUUAAUUUCUAGUAAUCGAAUGAAUACACUUUUGUUGAAAUUUAAAUUAAAAAAGUUUAGAAUCUAAAUGUAAUUUUUAGUUAUGAAAAUCUGAUUUUCAUAGAUACUUUAAGAAACUUAUUUACACGAAUAGAAUUAUGAAGUUUUUAAUACCGAACAUGCUAUCGAUUUUUUACUACAAUAUUAGAGAUAGUGGUUUGCUCGUUUGUUAGUGUGAAGAUUAACAUUUUAGUAAGUGAAAAUUGUUUUUAGAUGAGAAAAUAUGAUAGAAUUUAAAAUAGUUUUUAUUUGUUCUGCUGCGUAUAAGGGAAGUUCUACUAAAUUUUAUUGAGAGUAUUGAAAAAUAAAUGGAAUAUACAAAUUAAA